UGUGAUUUUCGCGACCCGAAACAAACACAACAAUCGGAUUUUCGCAAUAUUUUGGCUUCUCCCGGGUCUCUGCAGACCAAAUCGGUGCAUGGUUUGGUGCAGAAGGUCAGCAGAUUUGGUCUGUUGGAGAAAAAUUUGCUGAUACGCCUGCGACGACUUCGUUUUGCAACAAUUAAGAAGAGCGCAGCGAGAUGGAAUUCUGGCGUGACAAGCUGAAGGGCGCCAAAUUCGUGCUGGCGCCCAUGGUCGAGGGCAGUGAACUGGCCUGGCGCAUGUUGGCGCGCAACCAUGGCGCCGAGCUUUGCUACACCCCUAUGUGGCACAGCCAGGUGUUUUGCAAGGACCCCAAGUACCGCGUCGAGGCGCUGGCCUCUUGUCCACAAGACAGGCCUCUCAUCGUACAGUUUUGCUCAAAUGACCCUGACGUUUUCACUGAAGCCGCUCUGCUGUCCCAAGACUAUUGCGAAGCUGUGGAUUUGAAUCUCGGGUGCCCUCAGGCCAUUGCCAGAAGAGGAAACUACGGCUGCUUCCUCCAAGACGAAUGGCAGCUCCUCCACGAAAUGGUUCGCAAAGCCAGCUCUACGGUCAAAGUUCCGAUUACCUGCAAAAUUCGAGUUUUUGAAGAUCCAAGGAGGACAGUCGAUUACGCCCGCAUGCUGGAAAGUGCAGGCGCCUCUUUGUUGACGGUGCACGGUCGUACGAGGGAGCAGAAAGGGCCUUUGACAGGGUUGGCCAGCUGGGGGCAGAUCAAGGAGGUGCGCAAGUCAGUCUCGGUGCCCAUGUUCGCCAACGGCAACAUUCAGAGCUUGGCUGACGUUUUGAGGUGCAUCGAGGAGACUGGGGUGGAGGGUGUCAUGUCUGCAGAAGGUCACCUCCACAAUCCUGCCAUUUUUGAGGGAAUAAACCCACCUGUUUACGAAAUGGCCGAAGAGUAUCUUGCCCUGGUGAAAGAAUAUCCUUGUGCGACGUCGAUUGUCAGAGGUCAUGUAUUCAAAUUGCUUCAGCACGUUUUAGCCUUACCUGAGAACUUUGACGUUCGUUAUGAAAUUGCCAAGGCUCAAGAAUUGAGCAAUUUCGAGUCUGGUGUCCAUAAAAUUAGACAGCGGUAUGAAAAAUAUCACAUUGGCAGUGAGACUUUUACUCAAAAUAUAGAUUUACCUUACGAUGUGUGGUUGUGCCAGCCUUAUGUUAGAAUGCCUCCCGACGAGUACCUGAAAAAGCUCCAAGUUGCAAACGAAGCCAAUAAGAAUUCAGAGGUUAACAACAAAAGAAAGGAAGAUGGAGAUUCUCCUGAAUUAUCAAAAAAGAAAAUGAAGAUCUUGGAAAGAAAUCCUCGGAAGAAGUUCGAGCGAAAACCUUUGGCUCUGUGUGCGCAGUGUCUCAACCCUAAGGGGCUGAAAUGUGGGUUCAGUUUUUGCAAGCAGUGCUGCCGAACAAAGUGUUACCAGGAAGAGCUGGACUGUCCUGGCCACCGAAUUCUGGUCAAAACGCGGCGCAAAGUGGCCCGCGAGCACGCCAAUGAACGAAGUAAGACUGAAACCCCCGAUCCCAAGAAGGAAGCUUAAUGUUUUGUUUUUAAAAUAAAACUCUGUGGUACACUUG